GUGAAACGUCAUCAUAAAGAGUCCAAGCUGCAGUUCUCAAUUUGGUCUCUACACAACUCCAGAUAUUUCUCACUAUUAUCCUUUAAAAAAUCCGCUUCUGUGUACACAAAACAGUGAGGUUAACUUGGACGUAUUUGGAACGUUUUUGUAAGGUCUUGUCGUCUUCGUGUGUAGUCGUAAAGCCGGUUGCCAUGGCGUCUCCAGGCGGACAGGGAGGAGGUGCACUAUCUACGAGAGGGGGGGCGGGAGCCCGGCGGAUGAAAUGGGCUCUGGAGCUCAGCAUGGGCAACACGAGGGGCCGUGGGGACAGGCAGAGUGGCCAGGGGGACGUGGUCUACCCCAUCGGCUACUCAGAGAAGCCCGUCCCUGACACGAGCGUCCAGGAGACAGACAGGAACCUGGUGGAGAAGAGGUGCUGGGACGUGGCGCUGGGCCCCCUGAAGCAGAUUCCCAUGAACCUGUUCAUCAUGUACAUGUCAGGGAACACCAUCUCCAUCUUCCCCAUCAUGAUGGUGGCCAUGAUGGCCUGGAGGCCCAUCCAAGCCCUCAUGUCCAUGUCUGCCACAUUUAAGCUACUGGAGAGCUCCAGUCAACAGUGGCUCCAGGGGCUGGUCUACCUGGUGGGAAACCUGCUAGGCUCGGCAUUGGCCAUCUAUAAGUGUCAAUCAAUGGGGCUCCUCCCAACGCACUCGUCCGAUUGGCUGGCCUUCAUAGAACCCCCUCAGAGAAUGGAGAUCAUGGGGGGAGGGAUGGUCUUGUGAAAAGGAAAUAAUUACACAAACACACACAUUAGUUAGCGUUUUCUGAUGCAAACAGUGUAAGAUGUCUGUUCUGUUGAUAAAUAUUAAUUUGGGAAUAUUAAUUAAUAAUUCCCUUACCCUUUUGAUCCUUUUGUUAUUAUUUUUCCUUUUUAUUUUCUCUGCAUCAUCACACUUUAUAAUCCAUUUCCCUUAUUUUGUUCAUAUUUAAUGAUAUUACCACAGUUGUCACAUGGGAUCAACACGUAACCAGAACCUCAAAAACGUUGUCAAACUAUUGAAAAAGUCUAUACCAUGAGUAAUAUUAACAUAUUGAUAUUACAUUUUCAUUCUCGUUCGUUAUAUUAAAAAUACUGUUAUGAUUUCUUCCAGUUUUGUCAAAUAAAAACUCCUACGUUGGAUAACCUAA